AUGAAGCGUGGGAGGGUGGUGUCAUGGGCUGAUAUGGAGGCCAUAUGGAGCUAUGUUUUCAACAGGCACGUGAAGAGCCCCUCAUGUGAGAGCCCGGUUUUACUGACUGAGUUCCCCUUGACCACCCAGUCGGACAGGGAAAAGACCUGCAGGAUGAUGUUCGAGGGUCUGGGUGUCCCUGCAUUGUACAUGGCCCCUCAGUCGCUCCUGGCCCUGCUGUCUUCAGGCAGGGUGACCGGCUGUGUGGUGGACUGUGGCUACGACGUCACCCACACCGUCCCAGUUUUCGAGGGCCACUGCCUCCCCCACGCUGUGCGUCAGCUGGGCCUGGGAGGGCAGGAUGUCACGGCCCACCUGGCUCUGCUGCUGAAGGAGUCCGGAGCUCAGUUUUCCAGCACCACACAGGAACAUGACACCGUGACCAUCAUCAAGGAGCAGAUGUGUUAUGUAUCCACUGAUCCCUCCUCAGAGACAGCCACGACCAUCAUCGGCAGCACCGAUGCAGACUACCAGCUCCCCGACGGACAGAUGCUGAGGGUUGACAGCGAGAGGUUCAGGGCACCCGAAAUCCUCUUCUCUCCUCAGACUGUCCGCAUGAGCGAUGCAGACCUGUGGCAGCUGCUCCUAGACAACGCCGUCCUUGCCGGGGGCUCCAGCCUCCUUCCCGGGAUGGGCCACAGACUGAGGGAGGAGGCCUCGGCUCUGGCACCGCCAGGAUGCCGCGUGGGGCCAGUCCCUGUGAUGGACACCGCCUGGCUGGGGGGCUCCCUUCUGUCUUCUCUCUCCAUCUUUGGAGACAUGUGCAUCAGUGCCUUGGAGUACCAGGAGAUGGGGUCCAACGUAAUCCAUCACAAGUGCUUCUGA